AUUGACAUCCUUGUCUUUGCUGCCUGCAACUCCAAACAGGAAUCAUGAAUCGAUCCAGGGGAAUACUCGCCUCUCUCAGACUCGUCAGCUCGGUUCUUUCGACUCAACUCAGCUCAGCUCCUUCCGUCUCCAUUCAGGUGAUUCGCUUCUCCUCUUCGCAUCUCUCAUUUCGACCACGCUCUCCUCUUUUAACAAACAUCCAUCAAAGCCUUUACUUCUCCACAAAACCCAACUCGUUGCUGCAACUCGUACUGACCAACGACUGGUCUGACGAGUUAGAGACUGCCUUAGACGAGUUUAACUCUGCCUUGACUCAUGAAACCGUCAUCUAUGUUCUGAAGAAACUCGAUAAAGACCCGAAAAAAGCGUCGCGUUUUUUCAAUUGGGCGCGCGAAGAAAAUGGGUUUAUUCCCAAUUCUUCGGUUUUUAGCUUUAUGCUUAGGAUCUUAGCUAAUAAAGCUACAAUGGAAGAGUUUUGGAUAACUUUAAGGGAAAUGAAGGAACUGGGUUUUUAUCUUGACGAGGAAAUUUAUUAUACAAUCCAUUCUUGCUUUAAAAACGAUAAGAUGGCUAGUGAUGUUGUGGCCUUAACCCAUUUUUAUAAACGGAUGGUUGAAGAGAAUGCCAAGGAUAGCCUUGCCCAAAAGGUAGCUAAGGUGAUUCUUAGGGAUGAAUGGGGUAAUGAGAUUGAGAAAGAAUUAGAUGGCAUGAACAUCGAUUUAUCUUAUAAUUUAGUGAUUAGGGUGUUGAAAGAGCUUAGAAAUUACCCUAAGAAAGGCUUACAGUUUUUCCAUUGGGCCGGUAAGUGUUUGAGUUAUAAGCAUAACACGGUUACUUAUAAUGCUCUUGCUAGGAUUCUUGCUAGGCAUGAUUCUAUUGCAGAGUUUUGGAGUGUUGUUGAGGAGAUGAAGGGUGAAGGGUUUGAGAUGGAUAUUGAUACCUAUAUAAAAAUUUCGAGGAACUUUCAGAAAUUCAGGAUGUUGGAGGAUGCAGUGAAACUUUAUGAGUUCAUGAUGGAUGGUCCAUACAAGCCUUCAGAACAAGAUUGUUAUUUACUAUUAAGGAACAUUUCCGGUGUUGAUGCACAAGGUUUGAGUUUGGUGUUUAGGGUUGUGAAUAAAUUUGAGGCAGCUGGAUUUUCACUUUCGAAGGCUAUUUAUGACGGGAUUCAUCGUUCGUUAACCAGGGUGGGUAAGUUUGAUGAAGCGGCCAAGAUUAUGGAGACUAUGAAAAAUGCAGGGUGCGAACCGGAUAAUAUCACGUACAGCCAGCUGGUGUUUGGACUUUGUAAAGCAAGAAGAUUGAAAGAAGCCUGCAAGGUGUUGGAUGAAAUGGAAGCAAACGGAUGCCAUGCGGACAUCAAGACAUGGACUAUUUUGAUUAAAGGUCAUUGUGAUGCUAAUCAGAUUGAUGGUGCAUUGAUGUGCUUUUCGAAGAUGCUGGAAAACUUUGAUGCGGAUGCUGACUUGUUGGAUGUCUUAAUAAACGGUUUCGUAGGCCAGAAUCGAAUAGAUGGCGCAUACAAACUGCUGGUGGAGAUGGUGAAUGUAGUUCAUUUGAGACCUUGGCAAGCAACAUUUAAACUUCUUAUAGAGAAGCUUCUGGGGAAAGGAAAACUUGAAGAAUCAAUGGACCUACUUAGGUUGAUGAAGAAACAUAACUAUCCACCUUACCCAGAGCCUUUCAUUCGACAUAUUUCGAAAUCAGGAACUGUGGAUGAUGCUAAAGAAUUCUUAAAAGCACUGAGUGUGAAAGAAUAUCCAAGCAUCGGAGCUUACAUCCAUGUUCUUCAAUCAUUUUUGGAGGAAGGUAGACAUUCAGAGGCACAAGAUCUCCUAUACAAGUGUCCUCAUCAUAUUCGUAAUCAUCCUAAAGUAUCUGAAAUCUUUGGUACCAAGUCUAUGUCAGGAUCGGACAAGAGGAAGGAAGGUUCGAUGAGAAGAAAUUGGGAAUUUGUCAACAAGGGUUAGGGAUUACCCGUAACAAAUUGGGGAUUUGUUCUGAGCGAUCACGUGAAGGGCACGAGCUCAUUAAAAGGAAAUUGCUGGAUCCAUCUGCUGAGGAAGAUAAACCCAAUCUGUGCACCGGAGGAUAAGAAAUGAAGUUUGUUAAGCGUAGUACAGCCGGCUGUCUUUACCGUUAGAUUCCAGUACCGUUUAAUCAAAUAAAACGUGUGCCUUGGAUGGCAAACUUAUGAAAAAUGAUGAAUGAGAACUUCUUUUCUGAAA